GUUUCUAGGUUAACGGGAUCGAGUGGUUUUGUGACAGACGGACCCGGGAAUUAUAAAUAUAAAACAAAGUGCACUUGGCUGAUAGAAGGAAGACCCAACACCGUUCUCCGCCUCCGCUUCAACCACUUUGCUACGGAGUGCAGCUGGGAUCAUCUUUACGUGUAUGAUGGCGACUCCAUCUACGCUCCUCUGGUCGCUGCUUUCAGUGGACUUAUUGUUCCGGAGAAGGAAAGUAACGAGUCCGUUCCGGAAGUUGCGGCUACCUCUGGUUAUGCUCUAUUACAUUUCUUCAGUGACGCCGCCUACAACCUGACCGGAUUUAACAUCGGCUACAGCAUUGACACAUGUCCCAACAACUGCUCUGGAAGGGGGAUGUGUGCGACCAGGAAUGACACCGGUGUUUACUGUGAUUGCGCUGAGAACUGGAAAGGAGAGUCAUGUGACAUCCCGUACUGCCUGGACAGCUGCGGAGAGCCUGAGCGUGGGGUGUGCAAUCUGAACGGCACCAAGGGAUGUGUCUGCAACCCAGGCUGGCAGGGUCCCGGCUGUUCAGUCCCAGUUCCGGCCAACCAGUCGUUCUGGACCCGAGAAGAGUUCUCUGUCCCACAGCUGGCCCGAGCAUCUCACAAGGCCGUGGUGCUGGAUGAUGUCAUGUGGAUUGUGGGCGGCUACAUGUUCAACCAUUCCAAUUACCAGAUGGUUAUGGCGUAUGACCUCGUCUCGCAUGACUGGCUUCCUCUAAACAACUCGGUCAACUCCAUUAUAGUGAGAUAUGGACAUUCUCUUGCAGUAUAUGAGGACAAGUUGUACAUGUAUGGUGGUAAGAUAGAUACCACAGGGAACGUCACCAACCAGCUCUGGGUGUUUCAUGUCUAUAAUGAGUCGUGGGUUCAGCUGCUUCCGAAUGUCAAGGAACAGUACGCUGUGGUCGGCCAUUCUGCUCACAUAGUAAAACCAAAUGGCGGUGCUCGUGUCAUGCUGGUGUUCUUUGGCCACUGUCCCAUGUAUGGCUACAUCAGCAGUAUUCAGCAAUACAACCUUGACUCGAACACCUGGGACAUUGUGGCGACUCGGGGUGCUCUAGUCCAAGGAGGGUAUGGUCACAGCAGUGUUUAUGAUGAAACCACCAGAUCCAUCUACAUCCAUGGGGGCUAUAAAGCCUUUACUGCCAACAAGUACCGACUGGCUGAUGACUUGUACAAGUAUGACGUGGACACCAGUAUGUGGAAAAUCUUAAAAGACAGCAAAUAUUUCCGCUACCUGCACACGGCGGUGAUCAUUAGCGGCACCAUGCUGGUGUUUGGCGGGAACACCCACAAUGACACGUCAAUGAGCCAGGGGGCGAAGUGUUUUUCUGCUGACUUUAUGGCGUAUGACAUCGCUUGUGACAGUUGGAGUCUGCUGCCUCCCCCCACGCUUCAUCACGAUGUCAAUCGUUUUGGACACUCUGCAGUCCUAAUAAACGGCACCAUGCUUGUGUUUGGAGGAUUCAACAGUCUCUUGCUCAGUGAUGUCCUGAUGUUCACAUCCAAGAGUUGUGAAGCUUUUACAAGUAAUACCUCAUGUAUAUUGGCUGGACCGGAAAUUCGCUGUGUCUGGGAUAACGAUACAUCUCAGUGUUUGUCCUGGCAACAAGCAUCUCCAAAACAACAAAAUGACAGCAUAGAUUUAUGUCCUGUUAUCGUAUAUCCUGACAGUGAUAGCAAGUGUGAUCAGUAUACGGACUGCUUUAGCUGCACAGCGAAUACUAAUGGCUGCCGAUGGUGUAAUGACCAGUGUAUUACACUUAAUAACAACUGCACAGCCAGUCAGGGGGCAAUUACAAUAUAUGAACAGUGCCCAAAAAGCAACUACGGCUUCUAUUGUACCAAGAAGACCAGCUGUAAGAGCUGUGCCAUGGACCAAAACUGCCAGUGGGAACCACGCAAUCAGGAGUGCAUUGGGCUGCCAGAAAACAUUUGUGGAGCAAACUGGCACCUUGUGGAAAGUUCUUGUUUGAAAAUCGCCAUCACUAAGGAAAACUACGACAACUCCAAAUUGGCCUGCCGCAAUCAGAAUGCUGCACUGGCCUCUCUCACCACACAGAAGAAAGUGGAGUUUGUGGUGAAACAGCUGCAGAACAUGCAGCCAAAGACUGAGCUCACACCCUGGGUUGGACUCAGGAAGAUCAAUGUGUCCUACUGGUGCUGGGAGGACAUGUCACCUUUUACCAACACCACACUCCAGUGGCAGGCUGGGGAGCCCAGUGAUGCUGGCUUUUGUGCAUACCUGGCUGAACCAUCAGCCACAGGUCUGAAAGCAGCGACCUGUAUCCACCCAAUCAAUGGCAGUGUCUGUGAAAGACCAGCUAAUCACAGCGCCAAGCAAUGCCGGACUCCUUGUGCCUCCAGGUCGCAGUGUUCAGAGUGUACCAGUGCCAGCUCUGAGUGCAUGUGGUGCAGUAAUAUGAAGCAAUGUGUGGACUCCAAUGCUUAUGUUGCCUCUUUCCCCUUUGGACAGUGUAUGGAAUGGUACACAAUGAGCAACUGUCCACCAGAGAACUGUUCCGGGUAUCGGACAUGUGUGCAGUGUCUGGAGCAACCUGGCUGUGGCUGGUGUACGGACCCCAGUAAUACGGGCAAAGGACAGUGUAUGGAGGCCUCGUACCGCGGACCAAUGAAACUGCCUACUGGCUCAACAACUGCUAAGCCCAGCUACUCUGAGCCAGUCCUGGAUGUCAGCAUGUGUCCUGCAGAGAACCAUUACAACUGGUCUUUUAUCAUGUGUCCAGCCUGCCAGUGUAACGGACACAGCAAGUGCAUCAACGAGAGUAUCUGUGAAAAGUGCGAGAACCUGACCUCCGGCAAGAACUGCGAUACCUGCAUCUCUGGUUACUAUGGAGACCCAACCAAUGGGGGAUCAUGUCAGCCCUGCAAAUGCAACGGUCAUGCCUCGAUGUGCAACACCAACAGUGGCAAAUGUUUCUGUACCACCAAAGGGAUUAAAGGAGACGAGUGCCAGCUAUGUGAAGUUGAAAAUCGAUAUCAAGGGAACCCAUUGAAAGGAACAUGCUAUUACACGUUGCUUAUAGAUUACCAGUUCACCUUCAGCCUCUCUCAGGAAGAUGACAGAUACUACACAGCAAUUAACUUUGUGGCCACUCCUGAAGAGCAAAACCGAGACUUGGACAUGUUUAUUAAUGCAUCGAAGAACUUUAACCUGAAUAUCACUUGGGCAUCAAGCUUUGCAGCCGGCACACAGGCAGGAGAGGAGAUUCCCAUCAUCUCCAGGACAAAUAUCAAGGAAUGUAAGGAUACUUUCUCCAAUGAGAAGUUUGACUUCCACAAUAAUCCCAACAUCACCUUCUUUGUCUAUGUCAGUAAUUUCACCUGGCCCAUAAAGAUACAG